CACACACACACAUACACUUUUCUAGGACUCACCAGUAGAUGGAGACACAUUUAUGUAAAUUAAGUUCCAAUCAAUAAGGAAGAGAUUUAUAUUUAUAUUUGGAGGAUGUAUUCCACACUGUAAAAUACUACUUCUGUAAUAAAACAUCAUAAUUUAUUCAUGUGUAUUUUAGUUGUAAUAUUCUGACUGUGAAGUGAAUUCAAAGUACCUCUGAGAUGCAGUAGAAGUACCUCGUGUCCUGCUGCUCAGCGCUCAGUGUGCAGCAGGACACUCAGGAUGGAGGCGGCGGCUCUUUCUCUGCUGCUCCUGCUGAAUUCUGUGGAUUCUGGUUCUGCUCGAGUGUCUCUGACAGUUUCCCCCAAAAGAUCCCAGUUCUUCAAAUACGACAGUUUCUCUGUGAGCUGUGAGGAAGAGGAGCAGAGCGAGGAAGAGGAGCAGCUGAGCGGAUGGCGAGUGAUGAAGAGGACGAAGGACGGAGAGGUGCGUCCAUGCCCCGCCCCCUGCUCCAUCACUGCUGCCUUCCCGGCCACCGACAGCGGAGCGUACUGGUGUGAGGCCGGACCGGGACGAGCCAGCAGCACCGUCAACGUGUCCGUCACCGCUGGUUCCGUGGUCCUGGAGAGUCCGGUCCGCCCGGUGACGGAGGGGGACAACGUGACGCUGGUCUGCGUGUGCAGACUCUCGAGGUGCCGCGGCGGCGUCCCGGCUGACUUCUACAGAGACGGCCUCCUCGUCCGGAACAGCUCCUCGGGGGUCACCACCGUCCUGGGGGUCUCGAAAGCCGACGAGGGCCUCUACAGGUGCGAGGUCUCCGGGGCCGGAGUGUCUCCAGAGAGCCGGCUCACGGUCACAGCGCCCCCUGCAGGUCCCGCUGCUCCUCAUCCUCCUCCUCCCCUGCUGUCCGUCUCCUUUCUGGUGCGCCACCUGGUGGUGGCAGCUCCCUACCUGCUGUCCACCAUCUUACUGGGACUCGUGUACAGAAGCAGAGCGCGAGAGCAGAAGAGCAGCACAGCAACGGGACCAUCUAAUGACGUCAUCAUGGAAAUAUCUCCUUGACAACCAGUGACAUCACACAUCGACAGAAAAGAGGGCGGGGCAUUUUUUAUUUUAAAUGUUUUUUGUCUGUUUCUAGAUUAACAAAUAUAUAUGUAUUAAACAUUAAAUAUUCAAGUUUUGUCACUCGGGUUCAUUCCAAUGUUUGUGAGUUUUUUUUAAUGUUUGUGUUUUUGGCUAAAAAAAACCUCUUUGUGGCCCGAAGGUCAACCGC